UGGAGGGCAAGAGCCUCACUCUCCGCGAUCCUCCAGCUUUCUGCCGCCCGCUACUGUGGCCGCGUUGGGCAGGGGACCUGGUCACCCUCCUGUCUGAGAGCGCAGUCCCUCUAACUACCUGACCCCAAACUGCCUUUAGCCAAAGAGCUGGCGGGCAGAAGCGCGCCCCCAGAGGGCAAGGCUCUUUCUGGCCUACUUUUCCAUUUUUCUCUCCGGCAGACAGCACCAGCGUAGGAGACUGAAUACGCAGCAGGGAGGACGGGAGCGCCCCUUGGAACUGAUGAGGAUUCUGGAUGGAUCUGUGUCACCAUCCUAGGACUGGUUGGCACCCUCAAGCUUGAAUACCCUUAAAAACCACUUGGGGCAGGGCUAUCUUUAAGAGUUCAUGUGGACUUGACCUGAAGCUGACAGUUGUCCUUUUCCCUGGCAUCUGAGGUUGACAGGAUGACAGAGAAACGACGCUGAUUGUGCCACUUCAGCCAACUCUUGUCUCCCUGAGAAGGCAGCUGGAAGAAACAGGAACCCGCUCGUGGAACGAGAUUCAGGAACCCAGACUGGGAGGGCGAGGCACGGAAUCACCACGCAGACACCAGGGAGGUUUCUGGAACGCUUCCUUUUUAUUGAGGAACUGUACAGACUUAUAUAGUUUUUAGACUAGAAGAACACAUUCCUGCUCAAGUACAGAAAGCCAGAGAACAUCCAAGAAAAGACUAAAAUCUGAGUUUUGCAAACAUAUGAGAAUCUGUAAUUGAAGGGGAUCAGCUAAGAGUGGCUCCUCAGCACAAAGAGGGUGACUUGUCACACUUCUUGGAAUCAGCAGUUGAAUUCUUGAACAUAAUAUGAUUUAGAAGCCAUGGGCUGUGGGAAUUCUUGCUUGAGCAUGAGGAAGUCCGAGAGAGCAGUGAAAGCCGCAUUAAUCAUCCAGAACUGGUACCGAGGUUACAGAGCUCGGCUGAGGGCCAGACAGCAAUAUGCCCUUGCCGUCUUUGAGUCCAUUGAAUAUGCUGAUGAACAAAGCCAAAUGCAGCUAUCUGACUUCUUCUCCUUCAUGUUGGAAAACUACACACAUAUGAAUAAGGAAGAUCCACAAUUAUCAUAUGAACUUCUCAAAAGCACCAAGGAUAGACAGGAAUAUAUAGGGUUGAUAGAGGUCCCAGAUUCCUAUGAUGGUCCACGGCUGCAAUUUCCUCUCACUUUUACUGAUAUUACUUUACUUCUUGAGGCCUUCAAGCAUCAAAAGACACUUCAUGCCUAUUAUGUCCUAGAGGUGCUCUUUGAAACCAAGAAAUUCCUGAAGCAAAAGCCAAAUUUCACUCAUAUAAAAACUUCUUCCUCCAAAGGCCUAACGAUCUGUGGUGAUUUGCAUGGGAAACUGGAUGAUCUCUUCUUGAUCUUCUACAAGAAUGGUCUUCCUUCAGGGGACAAUCCAUAUCUUUUUAAUGGUGAUUUUAUAGAUCGAGGAAGAAAUUCCAUAGAGGUCCUAAUGAUCCUGCUUGUAAGUUUUCUUGUCUACCCCAAGGACAUACACUUGAACAGAGGCAACCAUGAAGAUUUUAUGAUGAAUAUGAGGUAUGGCUUCACAAAAGAAAUUUUGAAUAAAUAUAAGCUACAUGGAAAAAAAAUCUUGCAAACCUUGGAAGACUUCUAUACCUGGCUCCCAAUUGGUGCCAUCAUUGACAAUGAAACCCUGGUCAUACAUGGUGGGAUAUCUGAAUCCACAGAUUUGAAGUUACUCCACCGCAUAGAAAGAAACAAAAUGAAAUCUGUGCUGCUACCUCCAGUGUCAACAAACUCCACUGAGCCAGAGAAAAAGAAAGUAGGUGCAAUCAUCAUGUCUGGGAUAAUCACAUCAAAAAAUGACCCUUCUGAACAGUUAUCAAAGCAAGAAUGGGAGCAGAUUAUUGACAUUCUGUGGAGUGACCCCAGAGGUACAAAAGGCUGUUUUCCAAACACAGGCCGAGGAGGGGGCUGCUAUUUUGGACCAGACAUUACCACCAAUAUGCUUAAUAAAUACCACUUGAAAAGGAUCAUUAGAUCUCAUGAAUGUAGGCCUGAAGGAUAUGAAAUCUGCCACAAUGGGAAGGUUAUUACUGUGUUUUCUGCUUCUAAUUAUUAUGAAAAUGGCAGCAAUCGAGGAGCUUACAUCAAAAUGGGUUAUGGCAUGGCCCUAAAAUUUUCCAAGUACCAAAUAACUAAUUCAACAUGCAUGCAGCCUCUUCACCAAAGGGUGAGUGCUAUGGAAAGUAGUGCCAUCAGGAUAUUAAAAGAGAAAAUGAUUUCACGAAAAACUGACCUCAUUCAUGCUUUCCAACUUCGAGACUACAGUAAAUCAGGAAAACUUUCAGUGACCCAGUGGGCUCUUUCUAUGGAGAGCAUUCUGGGGCUGAAUUUACCAUGGAGAACUCUGAGUUUUCAUCUGGUAAAGAGAGACAAAGAUGGAUAUGUUUACUAUAUGUCCAGCUUCCAGGAUAUCCGCAUUGAAAAACCAGUGAAAGAGGCUGAAUCUGCUUUAAUUGAAACUCUAUACAGAUAUCGAUCUGACCUGCAGAUGAUAUUUAAUAUCAUUGAUUCUGAUCACUCAGGCCAGAUCUCCAUGGAAGAAUUUCGGACCAUAUGGAAACUUUUCAGUUCUCACUACAAUGUUCAAGUUGAAGAUUCUCAAAUUGAUGAGCUUGCCAACACAAUGGACUUGAACAAGGAUGGGAGCAUUGACUUCAAUGAAUUUUUAAAGGCUUUCUAUGUAGUGCAUAAGUAUGACCAGUUGAACAAAUCAAACACCAAGCAUUCUCGAUACUAAUGAAAGCAUCCCCUCAGGUUCCUUAUCAACAGCAGAACUCAAAUCACAGUCUUUCCCAGGACCCUUGAAAUUCAUAGUAAUAGAUAAAAGUAGACACCCUACUAAUGCCACAAGCAGAUGUACAGAGUGGCCAGCCUGAUUUGGUAAGAUAAGGUUAAAUAUCAGCUGGUAGGAUUCACCUCCAGUGUUAGGACUCAUCCAUUGCCAGGCAGAAACUGCGCUUGAGCCUAGUGUUGGUUUCUUGGAUGCCACUGAAUUGGGAGACCCAUGAAGAUUGGAAACAUACUGAAAGGAAGCCACAGAGGACCAAAGAAAACUAUGAAGUGCAACAUCUGGAAGUGACUGAGGGAUAGGAAGAAGAAUACCAAACUGUUAAUAAAAUAAACUACUUGCAUCUUUAAAA